AUGGAGGAGGUGUCGGCAGCCCUGGCCAAAAUGCAUCCAGAACUCAUCUGUCUUGUCUGCCUGGACUACCUCAAUGACCCUGUCACCAUCGACUGCGGCCACAACUUCUGUGACUCCUGCAUCCGCAUGUCAUGGAAGGACCUGCAGAACACAUUCCCCUGUCCUGUGUGCCGGCAGGCCCGCCAGGAGAUGCUUGUCAGUGCCAACGGCCAGUUGGGCAGGCUGGUGGACCUGGCCAAGCUCCUGCACAGAUCUGAGAGCAGCGAGAUGGCGGGGACAGAGGAGCGCUGGUGUGAGGAGCACAGACAGGGAGUGAGUCUCUUCUGCAAGGAUGACCAGGAGCUGGUAUGUCCUCUGUGUGCCCAGGGCUCUGCCCACCAGGGCCACCACGUCAGGUUGGUGGCCGAGGCAGUGGCUCAUCACAGACAGAGGCUUGGUGCCUAUAUCGAGUUCCUGAAGAAGCAGCUGGUAGAGGUGCAGAAGCGAGAAGUCGCCCAAGAUAGAAACCUCCUGCAGCUGAAAGCAGACGUGGAAAAGCACAGGAGUCAGCUGGCCUCGGAAUUUGAGCAGCUCACCCAGUUUGUGGAGCGUGAGCAGGAGGCGGCGCUCUACAGGCAGGCAGAAGAGGACAAACGCCUGCAGCAGCAGCUCAGGGACAACCUGGAGGCCUACUCGGACCACAUCUCCAAGCUGAAGGACCUCAGACGGGUGGUGGCGGAGCGAAGCGUGAUGUCGGAGGAGAUGGUGCUGAGGGGGGUGAGGGACCUACAGCAGCGCUGGGCGGGACUGCAGCCCCCGGCCGUGCAGCUCCUGCGCUUCAGGCCAGUGACCUACAGCCUCCCUGCUCUGUGCUCAGCACUCAGCAGCAUCAUCCAGAGAUUCCGAGAGAGCAUCAGCCUGGACCCCGACACGGCCCACCCCAGCCUGCGUGUGUCCCAGGACCUCCAGUCGGUGACCUGCGUGAGGAAGAGGUCCAAAGGGGAUGGGGACCCCGGGUCCUGGGAUGACACCGGCCAGCUGGUGGUCCUGGGCCGGGAGGGCUUCACCUCUGGCCGCCACUACUGGGAGGUGCAGGUGGGCGCCAAGCCUGAGUGGGCCGUGGGCGUGUGCAGCGUCGCCCCUUUGGCCCAGACCUCACGGCCCCUGGUGGCUCCCAAAAGAUGCUGGACGCUGCAGCUGCAGGACGGCGACUACCUGGCCGUGGGCUCGGGGACCGUGCCUCUGGCUUUCAGGGACCAGCCUGCUACCAUCGGCCUUUACUUGGACUGGGAGCUGGGCCAGCUUUCCUUCUACAACGCGGCCGACAGGUCUCACCUGCACUCGUUCACAGAGCCCUUUGCUCAAGAGCUCAAGCCCUACUUUCGCGUGGGGCCUGACUGCACCCCUCUCUCCGAGAAGGGUGUCAGUGCCAACGCCCAGCUGAGCAGGCUGGUGGUCCUGGCCAAGUUCCUGCACAGAUCCGGGAGCAGCAAGGUGGCGCCAGCAGAGGAGAGCAGGUGUGAGGAGCACAGGCAGAAAGUGAGCCUCUUCUGUGAGGAUGACCAGGAGCUGGUGUGUCACCUGUGCGCCCAGGGCCCUGCCCACCAGAGCCACCACAUCAGGUCUGUGGGCAAGGCAGAGGCUCAUCACAGACAGAAGCUCAGCGGCUGUAUCGAGACCCUGAAGAAGCAGCUGGUAGAGCUGCAGAAGCGAGAAGUGGCCCAAGACAGAAAACUCCUGCAGCUGAGAGUGGACGUGGAAAAGUACAGGAGUCAGGUGGCCUCGGAAUUUGAGCAGCUCACCCAAUUUGUGGAGUGUGAGCACGAGGACGUGCUCUGCAGGCUGGCAGAAGAGGACAAACGCCUGCAGCAGCAGUUCAGGGCCAACCUGGAGGCCUAUUUGACCACACCUGGGCACUGA